CCCUCCGACUAGUCCCUUGUCCUCACGCGCCGAGCUGUUCUCCUGCUGCUCUCGCUAGUCUUCGGAAAUGCGCAGAAGAGGGGGAAUUCGAGAAUGAGCGACAAACAGUAAAGAUUUUCAGCACAACGAGGCGAACUGCGCGGCUGUUACUAUCGCUGUUCCUUUAAAUAUGCAGUUUUGGCUUAUUGCAUAUGCAUGCGCGUCUUUAUCUUUGAAAUUAGCUACAGAGUAGCUCUGGAAAAUAACCUUUGAACAGUGACAACAACGGCCCGCUCGUCCCCAGUUUAAACACUGAACCGUGGGUGUACCGUAUGGUGAUUUGAAUGAAUUGAUAGCCUCUGAGUUAUACGCCUAAAGCCUUUGUGUCGUAGACAAGUAGUCUAUUAUAAUUGCCUGGCUUUCGUUUAGCAGAUAUUUUGAAAAGAGAGAAUACUUCACUGUGCCAGAGUAGAAUAAUUUUCUGGGGAUGUGCUAGCCAGUGUUUUUCAGUGUUGUGAGUUUAUCAAGUUGCUAGCCAGGCUACCAAGAGCAGACGUUAGUUGCGAGGUGACUCCACUUCCGCGGUUCUGUCCUGACCUGACAUUGACAGGCUCGUGUACCCUUUUCUGUUGAUUGGAGCACCUUGCAGUAAGCGCAUGGUACAAUAGUGAGGCUUGAUGCUAUACAGCGCUGAUACAUUAUCGUCAGAAAGCUAAACAGGCAGAACAUUACAUGUACACCGAAAGGCUACAGGUAAUUUAGUUUGAAUAUUAGCAUUGUGGAGUUUGCUGUAUAGUUUAAUAUAAUUUGGAUAAAAGCUUUAUUUUGCUCAGUUUUGCGGCAGAUAUAUUAGACCCAUUUUAAACACCCUUUCACAACCUUAUUAUCCGUAACCUGGCAGUAUCAUAGCGGGUGCAAAAUGAUCCCUGACAAAGUACCACACGACGAUGUUUAUCGGGCACCUCAAGAACUGGUAAAACGCGCUCAUGUACCCAACUUUGACAAGUACAAAGAGCUCUACCUGAAGUCAAUUCAGAAUCCAGAUGAUUUUUGGGGCAAAAUUGCGGAAGAUUUUUUCUGGAAGACUCCGCCCACUGGGAAGUUCCUGGACUAUAACUUUGAUGUGACAAAGGGAAAGAUCUAUGUCAAGUGCAUGGAAGGAGCCACCACCAACAUCUGCUACAACGUCCUGGACCGCAACGUCCACGAACGCAGCCUGGGGGAUAAAGUGGCCUUCUACUGGGAGGGGAAUGAGCCAGGGGACGAGCUGACUGUCACCUACAGUGAGCUGCUGCAGCAGGUGUGCAGGUUCGCCAACGUCCUCAAGUCCCUGGGGGUGAAGAAGGGUGACCGUGUCUCCAUUUACAUGCCAAUGGUGGUGGAGCUGGUAGUGGCCAUGCUGGCAUGCGCUCGGAUUGGGGCAGUCCACUCCAUUGUGUUUGCAGGAUUUUCAGCAGAAUCUCUGUUCGACAGGAUCAUGGACUCACAGUGUUGCAUCCUAAUCACUGCCGAUGGAUUUUACAGAGGAGACAAGCUGGUCAGCCUGAAGGUGAUUGCUGAUGAUGCUCUUCAGAAGUGCACGGACAUGGGUGUGUCGGUUCAGAAGUGCAUUGUGCUGAAGCACCUGUCUAAAGAAGAGCCCGGCUCCCAGUCUCCACCUGCCAAACGGCCCUGCCCUGACCUGCAGCAGGAGAGACCCAGAGAAAAUGUAAGGAAAACCCACCCCAAGCCCCAGGUGCCCUGGAACCCGGAGGUGGACCUGUGCUGGCACACGCUGGUGGGCGGGGCCUCAGACGAGUGUGAGCCAGAGUGGUGUGAGUCUGAGGACCCUCUGUUCAUCCUCUACACCAGCGGCUCCACCGGAAAACCCAAGGGUGUUCUGCACACUGUCAGUGGCUACAUGCUGUACACAGCCACUACCUUCAAGCUGGUGUUUGACUACCAGUCUGACGACGUGUACUGGUGCACAGCUGACAUUGGCUGGAUAACAGGCCACUCCUACAUCACCUAUGGGCCAAUGGCCAAUGGGGCUACUAGCGUGCUGUUUGAGGGCCUGCCCACAUACCCAGACAUGAGCCGCAUGUGGGAGGUGGUGGAUAAGUACCAGGUGACCAAGUUCUACACUGCGCCCACGGCCAUCCGCCUGCUGAUGAAGUACGGCAGCGCUCCAGUGCAGAAAUACAAGCGGGACUCCCUGAAGGUGCUGGGUACAGUUGGAGAGCCCAUAAACCCCGAGGCCUGGCUGUGGUACUACAGUGUGGUUGGGGAGAAGAGGUGCCCGGUGGUGGACACCUUCUGGCAGACUGAGACGGGGGGGCAUGUGCUGACCCCCUUGCCCGCUGCCACACCCCUGAAGCCAGGAUCGGCUACGUUUCCUUUCUUCGGGGUUGUUCCCGCCAUCUUGAAUGAAUCAGGGGAGGAGCUGGAAGGACCAAGCGACGGUUACCUGGUGUUCAAACAGGCCUGGCCGGGCAUCAUGAGGACUGUCUAUGGAAACCAGCAGAGGUUCGAGGCCACAUACUUCCAGAAGUUUCCUGGAUACUAUGUCACAGGAGAUGGUUGCAGACGGGAUAAAGAUGGAUACUUCUGGAUUACUGGCAGAAUAGAUGACAUGCUGAACGUCUCAGGGCACCUGUUGAGCACGGCGGAGGUGGAGUCUGCGCUGGUGGAGCACCCUGCCGUGUCGGAGGCUGCAGUGGUGGGCCGACCACACCCGGUGAAGGGGGAGAGCCUGUACUGCUUCGUCACACUCAGAGAUGGGGUUUCCUACACAUCUGUCCUGGAGACAGAGCUCAAGCAGCAGGUGCGAGAGAAGAUUGGGGCCAUCGCCACCCCGGAUUACAUGCAGAACGCUCCCGGACUCCCCAAAACAAGAUCUGGGAAGAUAAUGCGCCGUGUCCUUCGCAAGAUUGCACAGAAUGAGCGGGACCUGGGGGACGUGUCCACACUGGCUGACAGCUCUGUCAUCGAGCAGCUCUUCAACAACCGCUGCCCCACUGCUGUGUGACCUUAGGCCAGGGGGCGGGGAUGCGAAAAAGAUGUAUAAAUAGUGUUUGGAUCAGGGAUAUGGGGGGUGAAGAGUGGCAUGGGGGGAAUUAAAGGAAAUCAAAGACCCUAUGAAUUAUGUUUCUCACAAAUCCUGGAUCCCUGGUACAUUUAUGUAUAUUGUAUAUAGAUUUAACUUUUUUUAAAGAAAAAUUGUUCCUGGCAUUUAUACUUUUAUUUUUUAGCCUGGUAGAAUUUCUUUUGCCAAAGUGUCCUCUCUGUAUCUGACUGGGAGUUUGGGAUGAGUGUGUCCUCGAUAACACACAGACAUGUUUUUUUUAUUCGUGUCUGCAGGUUAGCCUUAGGCCUACUUGCAUUUUGUGUUUUGAUUGUUUUGGCUGGAGAUACUGGAGCCUUUGAUGCAAGUGUAUCCAUGUGUUUCUCAGUGGCUUCUUGGCUGCCUUUUUUGGCCUCUUUUGAUCUCAGUAGUUUUCAAUUUUUUUUCUCAAAGCUGAUCACUGUUCCGUAAAAUAUUCUGCCUCACAGGGAUCACUGGAUACGGUAGAUAUGUUUGUGUACAUCCUUGUGUGUGUGUGUGUGUGCUUGUGUGUGCGCGUGUGCUGUCUGCUACUGUGUGGUAUUAUGUGAGUAUUCAAUCACAAAUCACAGUACUGGAACCUUUUUUUUAAAAAAUUUUUUAGCUGGGAUCUGAUCUGAGGUCAAUUCAAAUUGGUGGCUCAUCGUCAGUGGCCCACUUAUUCUGUGGUACUGUAUUGGUGUUUUAUGUUUGAAUGGACAAGUUUGUCGAAAUAUAAAUUAGUGACAGCUCAAGAUUUCAAGAUUUAUUUGCUUGUGGUUGCUCCAUUUCAAUUUGUGGUUUUUAGAGGUCCAGGAGAAUGUCCUGUUCAUUGUAUGGGAUUUUCAGAGCUUAUCAUGAGCUCUGUGAUACGCUGUCUAUUUUCUUUCAAAAACAUUAUAUAUGUAUUCUGUUAUAUAACCCACUCUGUGUUUUGACUGAACAACCAGACUAAAAAAACUGAAUAAAAUCAUGAGUUUCAACUUUUAGUUUA